UUCUUAACCAUAAAACAGUAAGUAGAGAAACAAACAUACAUUAAUAGCAACCACUUGAAAAACAGCUGUUGACUUGAAAUAUGGAUGGCACAGAAGCCCAGAGCUCCAACUCCGAUGGCAAACGAGGCGGUUGGAUCACCUUCGUCUUCAUCUCUGGGGCUGUGAUGGGGUUGACGCUUGCGGCUGGAGGAUGGAUGUCAAACUUGAUUGUAUAUCUGAUUCAGGAGUUCAAUGUGGAAAGCAUAAAUGCUGCUCAGAUUUCAAACAUAGUUAACGGCUGCUCCAAUCUUUUUCCGGUCAUCGGAGCAAUUGUUGCCGACUCUUUCUUAACUUCUUUCUCUGUUAUCUCAAUUUCAGCCUGUAUCUCCUUACUGGGAAUAAUUCUUUUAGGAUUGACGGCAACACUUGAUCCCUUGAGACCUCAACCGUGUGAUGUUAAUGGAUCAAGCAUUUGCACGCCACCCUCAGCCGUCCAAUACGCGGUUCUAUACGCAGGUUUAGCUCUGUCGUGUAUUGGGUUGGGAGGAACACGAUUUACUCUAGCAACAAUGGGAGCAAACCAGUUUGAUAAUCCUAAGGAUCAAGCCAUUUUCUUCAACUGGUACUUCGUCGGCAUUUACGCCGGUUCUGCGCUGAGCAACGCCAUCGUCUACAUGGAAGAUAACGUGAGCUGGAAAUUAGGAUACGGCGUCAGUGCAUUCGUUAACUUCAUCGGCCUCGCCGCCUUCUUGCUGGGACGCCGUUACUACAUCCGUGAUAAGCCGCAGUGGAGCCCCUUCACAGGGUUAGCUCGUGUGGUUGUUGCCACUUUUCACAAAAGGAAGGUGCAGCUCUCUUCCAAAAUCGAGGAUUACUACUGUGGAAAAGAUGGAAUCACUACGGAAAAUAUUGCUACAGUACCUAAGAAGAGAUUCAGGUUCCUCAACCGUGCAGCACUUAAAACGGAAGGAGAUGUUCAGCCGGAUGGUUCAAUCGCAAAGCCUUGGAGGAUAUGUACAAUACAACAAGUAGAAGAUCUCAAAACACUCAUCAGAAUCUUCCCAUUAUGGUCAUCCAGUAUUUUCUUAGGCACCCCAAUAGGAAUCCAGGCCAGUUUGACCGUCCUCCAAGCUUUGACCAUUGACCGUCACCUUGGACCUCAUUUCCAAAUCCCAGCUGGCUCUAUCCUAGUCGUCGUCCUAAUCUCCACAGGAAUCUCUCUCACCCUUAUCGAUCGUUUCUUGUGUCCCAUGUGGCAAAAGCUUACUCGUUCAUGUCCAACCCCCCUCCAGCGAAUAGGAUUGGGCCACGUGCUAAACGUUCUAAGCAUGGCCACUUCAGCACUCGUUGAAACAAAGCGGCUCAAAAUUGCCCGAGCCCACCACCUCCAAACCCGGCCCGGCUCCAUAGUCCCCAUGUCGGUCUUGUGGCUGUUUCCACAGCUGGUUUUGGUUGGCCUUGGAGAAGCAUUUCACUUCCCGGGGCAAGUAGCGUUGUAUUAUCAAGAAUUCCCAGCGUCACUACGAAGCACAUCAACGGCGAUGAUUGCAUUGAUCAUAGGGAUUGCUUUUUAUCUGAGCACGGCUUUGAUUGACCUUGUUCGAAGGGCCACCGACUGGUUGCCAGGUAAUAUAAAUGAUGGGAGGAUAGAUAAUGUGUACUGGGUGGUGGUUGUGGUGGGAGUGGUCAACUUCUUUUACUACAUGGUGUGCUCUUCUUUGUACAAGUAUCAAAAUGUUGAAAAGGGAGCAGAUGAGAGUUCUUCUAGUGAGAAGUGAUGCCACCGGUUAACAACGCA